UCUAUUUAUAAUAUAAAUAUUGCUUUUGUAUUUGUAGUGUUUACUGAAUAAAUUACAUUUAAUUUUUUUAUUUAAGCAAACUAUAAUUUAACUUUCAGUAAGGGUAUAGAGAAAUAAUAUUAACUACAAAUAACAUUAAUCUAUUCUCAAUUUGACCACAUAUUUUAACAAUAAACAAAAGAGCAUAUAUGCGUAUUGCGUCAAAUGUAUGGCAGUGUGUGUGUGUAAUUUUUUUUUAUUGAUUUGAGAUAUUUUUGCACUCCUUCUCUAUACAAAGUAUAAGGGUGCGAAAUUUUGAUAAACCUCCGUCCGUGCAACUUUUUAGCUGCACGUAUUAAUAUAUAGAUAAUCAACGUCAUACAAAUAGUCAUAGCUGAGUCUCUCGUGUUGUCAUUCAGAGAUUUCAAGAACUUAAGGAAAAUAAAACGGAAUUUCCUGCUUACUACAUUUAUGUAAAAGUGUACUAUGAAUAAUAAAUCUUGUGUUAGUAUAUCUACGACUGUGAAUUAAGUGCAACGCAGUUUUGUGGUCCAGUGUUAACACAAUGAGGGUGUUUGGCCUUUUGCUGUUUUGUAUAAUCGCUGCUAAUGUAGACUGUAGUCGUAAGAAUGUUAACGAUCAAAAUCCCCUAGUACAAGUAAGACAAGGAUCUUUAAAAGGAUCAAUCUAUACACUCUUGGAUGGGUCAACGUGUUACAGUUUCAAGGGAAUACCGUACGCGCAGCCUCCGAUCGGAAAAUUGAGAUUUAAGGCACCAUUGCCACCGUUAUCUUGGAAAGGUGUUUAUGAAGCAAAAGAACAUGGCCCAGUUUGCCCACAAUUCGACAUCACCUCGCAAAAAUUGAUAGAAGGAAAUGAAAGUUGUUUAUUCCUAAAUGUAUACACAAAAUGCCUUAGAUCCCCUAAGAAGUCACCUGUAAUGGUAUUCAUUCACGGCGGAGCUUUCACAUCUGGAUCUGGGAAUUCUGAUGUAUUCGGUCCAGAUUACCUCUUGCAGCAUGAUGUAGUUUUAGUGACCAUAAACUAUAGGCUCGAAGUGCUAGGCUUCUUGAGCCUAGAUAUUCCCGAAGUACCUGGUAAUGCAGGUAUGAAAGAUCAAGUUGCUGCGUUAAAAUGGGUGAGAGAGAAUAUAGCUGAAUUUGGUGGCGAUCCAGAUAACGUUAGUAUUUUCGGUGAAAGCUCUGGCUCUGGGGCAGUUGCAUGCCAUAUGAUGUCGCAGAUGUCGAAAGGUUUAUUUCACAAAGUUAUAGCCCAAAGUGGUACAAGCAUAGAUGAUUGGGCCGUUGGUAAAGAUCACGUUGCCAGAGCGUUUAGAGCUGGUAAAGUAUUAGGCAAAGACACUGAUAAUGUGUAUGAAUUAUUAGAAUUUCUUCAAAGUGUCCCAGCAAUAGAUCUUGCUGGACUAACCUUUAAAACUGAAACUGACGAAGAAAAACUUAGAGGUUUGCCUGUACAUUUUAUACCGGUAGUGGAAAAGAGAUUCGGAAAAGUGGAAUCUUUUCUAAAUGAGAAACCACUUGAUAUACUUCUGACCGGCAAAACUAAUAAAGUGCCAUUAUUAAUUGGGUAUAACUCAGCAGAAGGAUUAUUUAUGUUGGCUGACCAUUUAAAGAAAGUAGAAAUCCGAAACAAGAAUCCUGAAUAUUUAGUGCCAAGAGAAAUUUCUCAAAAAGUAUCCCAAGAUACUUAUACAAAGGAAUUUGGUGUUCGAAUAAAGAAUUUUUAUGUAGGAAAUAAUGACUUUUCUAAUGAUACAGCUGAAGCUAUUGUUAAUUUACAUACAGAUUUAAACUUUGCAUACAGUGUACAUAGAUUUAUACAUUUAUAUACUGCAUCAAAUCAGCCUAUUUACCAAUACGUAUUUAAUUACGUGACAGACAUGAACUUUGUGAAGAUAUCUUUAGGUUUAACUCAAAUGAAAGGAGCGGCUCACGCUGACGAUCUAUUUUAUUUGUUUUAUAACGGUGGAACGAAAAAUGUUUAUGAAAAGCAAGAACGAGCAAGACAAAUAGUUUAUAAGGUGACUAAGCUUUGGACGGAUUUCGCUAGAACUGGUAAUCCAACACCACAAAACAUUGAUGGCGUGAAGUGGGAGCCAUACACCCGUACUGGAAGACAGUACAUGAAGCUUGAGGAGCCACUGUCUGUGGGUCACGCUGCGGAGCGAGACAGAAUACAGUUUUGGGAUGAGCUGUAUUGCGAAGCUGGGCUACCGUGUAUUGCCAAAUAAU